GAAGCGCAACACCCCAACAACAGCGCAUUGUAGUUAGCGUCAGCGCCGCAGUCUCGUCUGGCUCCGUGCGCCACAGACAUCGGUCCGUUUGCUGCAGAGAGCGGCCGGAGGGACGUCGCGCACAUGGCGGGAUCCCGGACAGGUGUCCAGAUGCCCUCCCUGAAGCCCGGUCCUGUACCGAAGCAGGAAAUCCCAGAAACUCCCCAGAUUAAAGAGGAGCCGGAAGAACAGAGCGUCAAAUCUGAGCCAGAAGAAGAGAGCAUAAAACAGGAAGAAGAAGAAGAAGAAGAAGAAGAGGAAGAGGAGGAAAGAGUCAAAGAGGAAGCAGAGGAAGUGUGUGUCCCUGAGUCCAGUGCUGUUUGUGUGAAGACAGAAGAGUCCUCACCGCUUCAACAAAGAGAGGACACACAGGGAGAGGACAUGAGCUCAGAGACACAUGUCCACUCAGAGACUGAGGAAGACACUGAACACUCCUCUGACAAUGAUGAAGACUGGAGAGCUCCAUUCAGCUAUUCAGAUGAUGAAGACCACGGCGGCAACCGAGUCCAGAUCAGAGCCAGAAGCGUCACUGCACAAAACUCAGGUGUCCUGAAGCCUUCUCCAAGUCCUGGUCCUGGUCUGAACCAGGAAGUCCCAGAGACUCCACAGAUUAAAGAGGAACCGGAGGAAGAGGGCGUCACACAGGACGAAGAGCAGCUGCAAGUGUGUGUCCCUGAGUCCAGUGCUGUGUGUGUGAAGACUGAAGAAUCCUCACUGCGUCAACAAAGGGAGGACACACAGGGAAAAGACAUGAGCUCAGAGACACAUGUCCACUCAGAGACUGAGGGAGACACUGAACACUCCUCUGACAAUGAUGGAGACAGGACAGCGCCAUUCAGCUGUUCAUCUGCACAGAUGGAGACAGAGACUGAUGGAGUUCACCACAACAGAGUCCAGAUCAGAACCACUGCACAAAACUCAGGUCAAUCCCCCAAAUCCAAGCGUGCUCCAGAGACCAGAACCUCUGUGGACAAUGGAACAGCUGAAGGAGCUGAGGGGAAGAAGCACCAGUGCUCUUUUUGUCAAAAGAGAUUUGGGUCUAAAUAUGAUUUACAAAGACAUGUUAGAGUUCACACUGGAGAGAAACCAUUCAGCUGCCCGUUCUGUGAGAAAACCUUUACUCAAAACAGUAAUCUUGCAAUCCACAUGAGAGCACACACAGGAGAGAAACCUUACAGCUGUUCAAUCUGUAAGAAAGACUUUACAAAUCCCUCCAGCCUCAAAUAUCAUAAGGGAACACAUACAGGUGAUAAACCAUUCAGCUGUUCUAUUUGUCAAAAAGAUUUUACAAAUUCCUCCAGCCUCAAAUGUCACAUAAGAACACACACAGGAGAGAAACCAUUCAGCUGUUCAAUCUGUAAGAAAGACUUCAAAAAUUCUUCCAGCCUCAUAUAUCAUAAAGGAACACAUACUGGAGAGAAACCUUUCAGCUGUUCUAUCUGUGAGAAAACAUUUACCCAGAAGAGUCAUCUCACGGUACACAUGAGAACGCACACAGGUCACAAACCAUUCGCCUGUUCAGUCUGUGAGAAAACCUUCACUGUGAAGGGUUACCUUGAAGAACACAUGAGAACACACACAGGUGAACGACUGUACAGCUGUUCAAUCUGUAACAAAGACUUUUCUCAUUCCUCUGGCCUCAAGUAUCACAUGAGAACGCACACAGGCGAGAAACCUUACAGCUGUUCGAUCUGUGAGAAAACAUUUAUUCAAAAGAGUAAUCUUGUCAAACAUGUGAGGACACACACGGGUGACAAACCCUGCACCUGUUCCAUCUGUAAGAAAGACUUUGCUCAUUCCUCUAGCCUCAAAUGUCACAUGAGAACACACACAGGAGACAAACCUUACAGCUGUUCCAUCUGUAAAAAAGAUUUCACUCAUUCCUCUGGCCUCAAAUAUCAUCAGAGAAGACACAUAGGAGAAAAACCUUACAGCUGUUCAGUCUGUGACACACAGUUUACCUCGAGCUCGUAUCUGAAUAUUCAUAUGAGAAGUCAUACCGGAGAGAAACCUUACAGCUGUUCAGUCUGUAAUACACGCUUUACACAGCGCUCCAAUCUCAACAGACACAUGAGAAAUCACACAGGAGAGACAUAGUUUCCCAGUCGCCAGGAUCCUCGGCUUCUGAACCUUCGGACAGAUCCACAUCAUCAGAGCUCCAAGUGGUGUUCCAGUUUCCUCCCAGCCUCACGUCCUCCUCGCUCGACUCCUCUGUUUGGCUCUUUUACUAAGGAUGCACGGGUGGACCCUUGGCCAUAUCGGAGCACUUGAAAUUGCCCACAAUGCACUGCAGCUUCUUUUUUAGAAACUUUAUUUAAGCAGUAAAAUGCAUUUUAAUGAAAUCAAACUCAUUACAUACAAAAAAGAAGUAAAUAUGUUGCUAUUUUAGCCACUUUGCUACAGAUCAUACUAUUAUCAGAUCAAAUCAAAUCAGGACAAAUGCAGCAGAAUCUCUUAAAGAAAGGGAUCGGGAAUACAUUUAGCCUAUCACCUGAAAAUGUGUCAGCCUGUGCAUUUAUUUCUGUAGAUUAAUGAUCAGCCUAAACAACUCAGUAACAGAUGAUUCAUUCAGCCUUUGUUAUUCACAUGUUUUACUGCAUGUGACACACAAAAGCACCUCUGAACACUUGACAUUUGUAGAAGCAUUCAUGUUUAUCAUCAAAACUCUGUGUUUUAUUGUGUUUGAUUUGUUCACGUGACAUGGCGCAGUCGCUCCCUCUGAGCCUGUUCCAGUGCAGGACACUCGGCUCUGCUUCAGAGGAGCCGACUGGAGGAGAGCUCCAGACUGGUCUUUGGAGGAAGGAUCCUGGGAAUUGAGAAACACCCACAGACUGUUUCAUGUCACGUUACAAUGUCAAGAGUCGAUUGUGUAAAAGAAGAAUAAUAACUGA